UUGUUUGAUGUAGCAUUCCGGUUGAGCAAGAGACCAUGUCUGGAGAUAUAAGUAUGUUCUUCUUUAGCUUCUUUCAUUCCCUUGUUCAUAUUAUUGAUAUUCCUUAUGAUAUUCCUGAUUUCUUCUUUGGGGUAUCUUCUUUCGAUAGCCCAACCGUACUGGUAGAGAAGCUCUCAUCUUCACUUAUACAAACUGUUGUACUUACAAUAGCCCAGUUUUUAAGGGGAAUGCUUACUGUUCCUCAGACUCAAGCAGGGUCUUCUGUGUUUUUGAAAUAAUUAGACCACCUUAUUGGUGAGAGAUAGCCUUUGAAGAUGAGAAAGAAAUGAAUCCUUCUCGAGAGAAGGUACCAUACAAUAUUGUAGAACCCCUAGAAAUUUCUGUUGUCAUUUCUCCCAUUUUG